CAGAAGCGCUUGCGGUUUACGUCGACGUCACCGACCGGAAGUGAAAGGAGCCGCCGCGCUGAACACGCAACGCAGAGGGUCACAUUGGACACCCAUCAAUGUUUCAUAAUAAUAAACAAUCUAGUCACUAAUAUCAGUAACUGAGGUGUAAAUGGAUCCGUCUAAAGCAGAGGAGCCGCAGCUGAGACACGUGGAGACAGAUGUGCUGAUUCCUAAGUUGAUGCGGGAGAAAGCCAAAGAGAGAUGCGCUCAACAUGUGGACGUGUUCAGUCGCUGCUGUAAGGACGCCGGCUUCUUCAUGGUGUUCAGGUGUCGAGAGGAGAACGCCGCUCUGAAAGAGUGUCUGACGCUACAUUAUCAGGAUCCUGCGUUCUUCGAAGAGUGCAAACAGGAGUAUCUCAGAGAGAAGCAGGAAUACAAACAGACCGGGAUUCCAGCCAAGAACAGAAAGCAGAAGCUUCCCACCAGCAUGUGAUGAAGAACACUGCAGCGAGGAGGAUGAUGAGGAUGGACCAUGAAAAUCAUUUCUGGCCGUUUCUGGCGACGCUGUUGUCUCUGAUGGACGUUCUCGCCGUCUGUUGGUUUAUAUUCAUGAUUAGCUCUCAUAAAUCAUCUCUUGCACCUAAAGCCUAAUAAAAAUUCAUAGAGAAUGUUUUUGAAUCACAUCAGAUGUGUACCGACCCACCGACCCCCGGGAAUUACUGCCACAGAACCUGCUCUGUGUUUGUUUGUUUGAAAACACAACCUCAGAGUUAUUCAUGAUGCUCGUGUUCGGAUGAUUCUCAAUCAGUUUG